AGUGAGCUUCACCCCUUCUCUCUACCGGUGCCCGUGGUCCCAGGUGCAGGCUCCCAGAGCCCUGGCGUUUUCGCAUCAUGGAGCUCCGUCGUGCGCUUGUAUUUCUGUGCCUUCUCUUGCCAUCGUGCGCAUCGGACGGUGACCUGAGCGGCCACUUGGCUUUGGAGCCCUACGAUUUCCUAUUCGACACGGCGGUGGAAGCCUACUACAGGGGCGACUGGUUGUCCGUCAUCCUGAACAUGGAGAAGGCGCUCCGGAACAAAGCCACGGUCCGCGACGUGAAGGCUCAGUGCCGGCUGAGUUGCGCCAACCGGACCGCUUUCGGCGACCCUUUAGCCGGCUUGGGAGUUCCCAUACCGGGGGACGGGGCCGUGGAGGACCUGGGCUUCUUCCAGAAGAUCCUGAAGCGGGCAGACUGCGUGAACUCCUGCGAGACCGAGAAACUCGGUUCGCCGACCCGGCAUCAAGUCAGUGAAGAAGUGGAGCUGGAGUUCAAGAAGAGGACCCCGUAUAACUACUUGCAAGUGGCCUAUUUCAAGAUCCAUAAGCUGGACAAGGCCGUGGCGGCAGCCAACACGUUCUACCUGGCCAACCCGGAUCACAUGGAGAUGAGACAGAACCUGGAAUACUACAGGAUGAUGGACGGAGUACAGGCGGAGGACUUCAAAGAUUUGGAAGCCAGACCAAACAUGGCCGAGUUCCUGCUGGGGAAGAGUUACUACAGCGACGACUCAUUCGGUCUGGCGGCUGAACACUUUGAAGUGGCCAUAGAUGAGUACUUCAUAGCCGAUAAGGAGUGCAGAGUUUUGUGCGAGGGAGCCUACAACUACGACGGAUACAACUACAUGGAGUACAGCGCCGAUCUGUUCCAGACCAUGACCGAUCACUACAUGCAGGUACUGAGCUGUAAGCAACACUGCUCUGUGGAGCUGGCGUCUGCAGCUGAUAGGAACAAGCCCUUUGAGGACUUCCUCCCCUCACACUUCAACUACCUGCAGUUCUCCUACUACAACAGUGAGAAGUACGAGCAGGCCAUAGAGUGUGCCAAGACCUUUCUGUUGUUCCACCCUGAAGAUGAGGUGAUGAACCAGAACCUGGCUUAUUAUUCUGCUGUGUUGGGCGAGGAUAAGGCAGAAACUAUAUCAGCCAGACAGGUGGUGAAACAGUACAUUAAGCAAUCCAUACUGGAGAAAGAGCUGCUUUACUUUGGAUAUGAAGCAUUUGGAAUCACCUUUGUAGAUCCGGACAUAUGGACUCCCGAAGAUGUCAUGCCUAAGAAGCUGAGAGACAAGCAGAAAGCCGACAAAGAGACUGCAGCGAGGAUCACAGAGGAAAUAGGAAACCUAAUGAAGGAGAUUGAGACUUUGGUUGAGGAGAAGAAGAAGGAUUCUUCAGAUAUAGCCAAGAUCAUAGUGCCGCAGGAAGCUGGCGCUAUGUUGUACGAUGACAUCAAGGUAACCAUGACGUCCAAGCAGCUGAACGGCUCUCAGCGGGUGCUGCUGGAUGGAGUGAUCAGUAGGGAUGAGUGCGUGGAGCUGCACCGCCUCUCCAAUGCAGCUGCUCUGAAAGGUGAUGGCUAUAGGGGGCGCGCCUCCCCCCACUCCCCCAAUGAGAUGUUCCAGGGAGUCACCGUCCUGAAGGCUGUCAAGCUCGGACAGGAGGGGAAGGUUCCGCUGAAGAGCGCUCGUCUGUUCUUCGACCUGAGCGAGAGGGUGAAGAAGGUGUUGGAAUCGUACUUCCACCUGGACACGCCGCUCUACUUCUCCUAUUCCCACCUGGUCUGUCGCUCUGCCGUUGAAGAGAAGCAGGAGGACCGUAAAGACCUGAGUCACCCGGUUCAUGUGGACAACUGCCUGCUGGUCUCUGAGCUCAACGAGUGUAUAAAGGAGCCCCCUGCGUACACACACAGAGACUACAGUGCCAUUCUUUAUCUAAAUGAUGACUUUGAAGGAGGAGAUUUCAUUUUCACUGAGCUGGAUGCCAAAACGGUCACGGCUGAGGUGCGUCCGCAGUGUGGCCGCGUGGUCGGGUUUGGCGCAGGGAAAGAAAACCCCCACGGUGUCAGAGCCGUCACUAAGGGCCAGAGGUGUGCUGUAGCGCUGUGGUUCACACUGGAUCCUGCUCACGAGGAAAAGGAGAGAAUCCAAGCUCAGGAUAUGCUGAAGAUGUUUUCCACUCCCGUCAAUGCCGAGUUCAGCAAGACGGAGGUGACAGACAACUCAGAGCCGCAACAGGCAACGCCAGAGCCUCCUGCACAGGCUGACCAGGAGACAACAGAUAAAAAACAGGAGGAUGAACUAGCACCGCAGAAGCCGGAAGCACCGGCUGACACACAGGCUGACAAACCAGCCGACACGCCGAAGGAUAAAACAGAGGCGAAACCAGUCGGCAAAACAACCACGGGCACUAAAGCCAAAGCUGCUCCGAAAGCAAAGGACAAAGCCGGAGACCAGGCCAAGGACAAGACAGCAAACAAAGGUAAAGCUGCCGCAAAAAAAGAUGGAAAACAGACAGUUAAAAUACAAGGAAAGAAGGGAGACAAAAAGGACACGAAACCAGCUGCAAAAAAGACAGUAAAAGUUGUUGCCAAGAAGGACUCCAAAAACGCUAAAGCCGACAGCACGGACUCGCAGAAUGGGAAGGACGAGUUGUGAUCAAACAGCACUUGUGACUGUUUAUGUGCUGUCUGUGUUUCUACUAUUUUAUAUGUGGGUGGCUGAAGGAAAAUGGAAUGAAAACUCUAAAAUGUUAUUUGCCUCUAAAGUAAUUGGUUAAGGUGGACGAUACAAAGGGCCUGCUGUUCUACUGCAGAUGUUGCUGAAAUCAUUACUUGAGUCCUUUUUUUCAAUAAAUAUUUUCUUUCUGACAAUCUGAGCAAGGGCCCAAAUCCCUGUAACCAUCUUUGUUUGGCAGCCAACGCUUUGUAU